AGUCGGGGUUACAGCAAGCCUCUGGAGCCUCUGGACCGGAGGACUUUAGACUCUGAGGGAGCAGAAACGUCGACAAGCAACAGGACGACAACAUAACAAACAAACAGCAGUGGCAGCCGGCUGGAUAUUUCCCCCCUUCAGCAGCUAACAAACACUCCGUGAAAUGCAGCACUCGGUAGGAUGAUCAGGAAUCAAGAAGAAGAUGAGUUUGUCGCAGUGCGGGUUCAAGAUCCCCGCAUUCAGAACGAAGGCUCGUGGAAUUCACAUGUUGACUUUAAGAUAUUCCUACAUACCAACAGUAAAGCCUUCACAGCGAAGACUUCCUGUGUGCGGCGACGCUACAGCGAGUUUGUUUGGCUCAAAAAGAAACUGCAGAAAAAUGCAGGUUUGGUGCCGGUCCCAGAGCUGCCAGGAAAGUCUCUGUUCUCCUUCAGCAACGAGGACUUCCUGGAGAGGAGAAGGAAAGGACUUCAGGCCUUUCUGGACAAAGUGGUGAACAUGACCGUGUGCCUGUCAGACAGCCAGCUGCACCUCUUCCUGCAGACCCAGCUGCCCGUCGGUCACAUCCAGGACUGCGUGCAGGGACACACUCCGUACACGGUGACGGACGCCAUCCUCACCUACGCCUCGUCCAAUCGGGGCUUUGCUCAGGCUCAGGAGGACGACUCCAUCAAAGAGCCGAGUCUGACGGUUUCCUACGAGUCCAUGGAGAGUCCGGCUCCUCAUCAACCAACCGAAGACACCGUCAGACCCGAGCUGCUGCCCUGCGCCGACCCCGACCCUCUCGAAGGUUUACUGGAGAUCCACGACAGAGACACAGCAGAGAGACCGUCGAUAAGAGUCCUCCAGAAACAGAACCACCUGGAGGCCGUCGUCGAGGACUUCGGCCCGACAGAGGCGAGCUUCUUCCUGGGCGACGGAUCGCCCGACAGCCUCAGCCUCUCAGAACAGACUCAGCCGAGGAGCUGUCAGAUCCAGACUCCCGUGGAGGUGCACUCGCCCAUGGGGGACGGCUUUGAGGAGAACUACGGGUUUGAGGAGGAGCGCACCGUUACCGAGGAAACGUCAGAGACAAUAGAGCAGACGACAGAGACAAUAGAGGAGACGGUUUCUCUUCUUACUGACCUGAAGGAGAUGGAGAAUCUAGAAAAGAUCAGCUGUGAACUCGCAGAAAAAUGUGCAAAUUAUGUUUUAGAUUUUACAGACUCGAAUGAGCAGAGUGUCGAGGAAGACGCCGAGGAAGACGCUGAGGAAGACGUCUCCUCCGAAAAUCAGGUUUUAGAAAAUCACGUCGCCUCUGAGGUCAGCGAACGCCUCGUUACAGAUGUCACCCGUCCCGAGGAGAACGGCACACCAGACGAGUAUCGAGAGCCGGAGAAGGAAACUAGCGACGAACUGCUGAAAGAAGAAGAAGAGGAGACGACACCUCAGCCUGAAGUCCCCGAGGUGGGUCAACACGUGGUCGGGGUCCCAGAGGAGGACCGAGACCAGGCCGAGCAGCAGGAAGUGGAUCUGACUAAAGAGGAGAGCGACGAGGACAGCCAGUCACUGCCGUCAUCCAAUGAGAGCAUCGUUAAGGUGAGCGAUGAAGAGGAGGAGGAAGAGGAGGAAGUGUGCGACGGAGUGAAAACCCCCCCCAACGUCGACGUCUCUCAUUGGUCGGACGUGGACGCGUGCAGCAGGAACAUUUUGGACCUGCAGAUGAACGGCUGCUCGGCGGAGAAAGACCUGCCGUACCUCUCCGACCUCUCUGACCUCCGAGACCUCAGCGACUCGUUGGACGUCGGCUCGAACGUAUCCGGCGGAGAUUUAAACGAAAACAGCGACUUCAGCAUCUUAGAGACGAGCCGCGUCCCCGAGCUCGCCGACGGAAGACCCUCGGAGGAGACUCACGAGGUGGAGGUGCAUUAAUUAAACAAAUGAAUAACAUCAACUGAAACUCCUGCUGUCCGUAUAACUUUAAAAAAAAAAUUAUUAUCAUUUUAUUUUGAAAAUCCUUCUCGUAUACUCUCAGGUACAGUAAAU